UUUGCACUUUUUGGCUAAAAAUAUGGAUGUUAGUGUGGUUUAUUUCUAUUUUAGAGACACUUGUGUUGAUUCUGUCUUUAUUACUACAAUUUUAGAUUUUUAACAAUAAUCUUUAGCUUAAGAUUUUGUUUAUGAAGGUCCAUUUACGAAGUAUAUUCAAUAUAAAAGAAAAGAGAAAUAAAGAAAAUUAAAGGAAACCACAUUCAAGAUUUCCAUACAUAAUAAAUCCUUAAUUAGCUCUCUCAAUUUCUUUUCUUCUUCUUAACUUCUUCAAUAUUCAAUAAUGGCAUCCAUUGAAGAAACCAAACCUCAUAAUAAGAGAACUUCUCAAGGAAGACGAAAGAUAGACAUCAAGAAAUUGGAGAAGAAGAGUAACAAGCAAGUUACCUUCUCUAAACGACGCUCCGGUCUGUUCAAGAAAGCGGCCGAACUCGGUAUCCUUUGUGGGGCGGAGGUGGCCGUCAUUGUCUUCUCUCCCAACAACAAACUCUUCUCCUUCGGCAAUGUAGACGACGUCGCUGGCUCAUAUCUUAAUAAUGGAGCCGUAGUACCCAGUAGUAGUAGUACUAGUACUUUGGUGAAAGGCAUGAUUGAGUUGGAAGAAGCUGAGGAGAAGAAAAGACAACUGGAGAGACAAGCAACAUUGGCCUCAAUUUUAGAGAAUAAUAAUAUCAAUUCGUGGUGGGAGAAACCUGUGGAAGAGAUGGGGUAUGAAGAGUGUGAUAAUCACUUGGCUACGUUGAUUAACAUUCGGAAUAAGUUCUCCGAUGCCAGUUCUUCUAGUACGGAUUUUGAUGUUCCAAAGACGAAGACGAUGCCGUUUUGUGGUGAUUGGGGUUUGGGUUUGAAUUUUUAAUUUAAUUUCUCUUCUUAUUUAUUUAUCUGUUAUUGUUGAUCAUUUACUAGUGCUCUGUGUUUAAAAAUAAACUAGUACCAUUUAUGUCUGUGUAGCUUUUUUUAAAGCAGUACUAUUUAUGUGUUUAAUUUGGAUGAUUUGUUAAUAAUUAACAGUUUUAAUAUUUUUUAAUUA